AUGACACGAUACAUCCAGGGAAAGAAAAUUGGAUCAGGCACGUACUCCAAUGUGUAUGAGGCACUUGAUACUGAAAUGAAUUGUAUCGUAGCAAUAAAAAAGAUAACACUGAAUCAGAGAGAAGGAAUGCCAUCAACAGCACUACGUGAAAUUUCGAUAUUGCGAAUUCUCAAGCACAAAAAUAUAAUACAACUGCUACAAGUAAUUCAUAAGGAAGAGAUGCUAUUUAUCAUUUUAGAAUACGCCAAAUACGACUUAGGCACGUUUUUAGAAGCAAAUAAUGAAACAAAAUACAACUUAGUCAAUCAACUGAUUUAUGGAAUAGCUGCAAUUCAUGCAGCAAACAUAGUGCACAGAGAUCUAAAACCAGCGAAUAUUCUCGUGAAUGAGCUUGGUGUUCUGAAAAUAGCUGAUUUUGGAUUAGCACGAGCAGUGAGUACUCUAGAUGCUUCGUACUCAUCUGAAGUGGUAACACUUUGGUAUAGGCCACCUGAAUUACUAUUGGGUUGUACAAUAUACGCCUUUGAAAUUGAUAUUUGGUCAUUAGGAUGCAUAAUAUACGAAAUGAUCACUAACACACCACUUUUCCCAGGAGAUAGCAAAGAAAAACAGUUAAACCUGAUAAACAGCAUAUCACUUGCCAGAAUUGAACAGGAAUUGGUGAUAAUGCACAAAGCACCAAUCGUAUACGCAAAAAUAGUGGUAAAAUGCCUUGACAAGAAUCCAAAAUCACGAAUCGCAGUCAAUGAAAUUAUUGUGUUCUUGAACAAUUGCAAGAAGAGAUGA